AUACUUUCUCAUAUCUAAUUUGCGUAACACUGUUUAUCUUUUCGGUGAAUAAUUUUUCAUAUCUAAUUUGUGUAGCAUAUAUGAGUUGUGUAGCGCCGUGCAUCUUUUCAGUGACUCCUCAUAUAUGACUUAUAUAGUUUUACUUUUCGUCAGUGUAGUGCAAAAACCAACACCACCUCAAGGUCUAGUAACCUCUAGACAUCCAAAGCAUUCCUUACAUUUACCAAGUCCCUCACUGGUCCUCGUAUUAAUCACAUUUGUAGCAAGCUCUGUACAUAUGACCUGCAUGCACCAACUCGAGAGAGUGUUAGAAUAGGAGUAGGGACAAGAAUGGAAUAAAAUCCUACUUGAAAAAAAUAAUUAUAGUGUAGUAACCUGGUUGGAAAAUGAGUAUCCUUCUGGUGACUUUAAAGGGAUGUAUCGGCAUAUCUCAAAAGGAUCGUGGACUUUUUCGGAUCAAGAUCAUGGAUGCCAAGUAUCUGAUACCACUGCCGAAGCAUUAAAGUGCUGCCUUUUGUUCUCUACAAUGCCUUCCGAAUUAGUUGGUGAGGCGAUCGAACCUGCACGACUGUAUGAUUCAGUGGAUGCAAUUCUUUCCUUACAGAGCAAAAAUGGGGGUUUAGCAGCAUGGGAGCAUGCAGGGGCCUCACAGUAUUUGGAGUUGCUCAAUCCUACUGAAUUUUUUGCGGACAUUGUCAUUGAGCAUGAGUAUGGUUGCUGGGGUGUGUGCUUCAUUUAUGCCUCCUGGUUUGCUCUUGCAGGGCUUGCUGUAGUAGGCAAGAGUUACAGCAACUCUGCAGUCGUUCGUAAAGGCGUUGAAUUUCUAUUACGAACACAAAGGUCUGAUGGCGGUUGGGGAGAAAGCUACCAUUCUUGUCCAGACAAGGUAUACCGAGAGCUUGAGACAGAUCACUCAAAUCUUGUACAAACUUCAUGGGCAUUGAUGGGAUUGAUUCACUCUGGCCAGGUUAAUUCCUUUUUUUUUUCCAUUAAUAAAUGCUGUAAUUUAUUUCACCAACUUUCCUAUUUGGACAGGUUGAUAGAGAUCCAAGGCUCCUCCACCAUGCGGCAAGGCUAUUGAUUAAUUCUCAGCUGGAAGUUGGUGACUUCCCACAACAGGUAGUUUUUCUGCAAAUUACAAGCUAAAC